CACUAGCAAACCAAAUUUCUUGUUUGUCAUUCUCCAACGAAGGAAUACUCCGGCAAAUUGUUCAAUUUUUUUAAGAAUAAAUACAAAUAAUCAUGGCUUUGGCUGAAAUUUGCAACAUCUCCGAUGCGCCUUACAUGAAAAUGCGCAACUUUACCACAUCCGAUUUGGAGCAAGAAAGUCAACGUUAUGUCUCCAAUCUAAUGAAUCCAUACGUUUUGCAGGCACCACCAUUCGAGAAUCCCGUUGAAAAUCUAAACAAAAUCCAGGCGAGCAGUGAUAAGACAGGCAUCAAAAUUGAAUUUGAUCAUGGUACCACAACAUUGGGUUUCAAAUACAAGGGAGGUGUUAUAUUGGCUGUGGAUUCCCGUGCCACUGGUGGUCAGUUCAUUGGUUCACAGACCAUGAAGAAAAUUGUGGAGAUUAAUCAAUUCUUGUUGGGCACAUUGGCUGGUGGUGCUGCCGAUUGUGUUUACUGGGAUCGUGUUUUGGCCAAGGAAUGCCGUUUACAUGAGCUGAGGAACAAGGAACGCAUUUCUGUUGCAGCCGCCAGUAAAAUUAUGGCCAAUAUUGCACAUGAAUACAAAGGCAUGGGUCUGAGUAUGGGCAUGAUGUUGGCUGGCUAUGACAAGAGAGGUCCCGGCCUAUACUAUGUUGAUUCUGAAGGUUCACGUACCCCAGGCAAUGUUUUCUCGGUUGGCAGUGGUUCCAUAUAUGCCUUUGGUGUUUUGGAUUCUGGUUACCAUUGGGAUCUAGAGGAUGAAGCAGCUCAAGAAUUGGGUCGUCGUGCUAUUUACCAUGCCACUUAUCGUGAUGCCUACUCGGGUGGUAUUGUCCGUGUCUAUCACAUGACACCCAACGGCUGGAUUAAUAUUUCCAAUACUGAUUGCAUGGAACUGCACUACAAAUACGAAGAGGAGAAGAAGAACAAGAAACACUAAUUGUAAGGUAUAUUUUUCUCAGAAUUAAAUUCUUGUAAUUAAUAAAACACAAUAAGAAAUUUGGAUUUUUGGUAACCAAAA